AUGUGGCCUCCCAGUGAUAGAAUACCCAACUUACCCGAUUUACCCGAGGUCAAAUCAUUUAUUGGCGUCAUUUUCGCUGUUUCUGGCAAUAUUUUGAUUUCCAUCGCACUAAACAUUCAAAAAAACGCUCAUAAUGAGUUACAAAAGCUUAAACUCGACCGGCUUGAUUCCGGCGACUUUGCAAACAACACUUCUCCACAAACCCCAUUGGGAACACAUAACUUUUCUACGGAUGAUUAUGAAGUCCCAGAUCCCGAAGAGUAUGGUAAUACCAGUUACCUUCAUUCAAAAGCAUGGUGGACUGGACUCUUUUUAAUGGUUAUUGGAGAAUUGGGCAAUUUUAUCGCAUACGCGUUUGCUCCGGCUUCGGUCAUAGCGCCUCUUGGAACCGUCGCUUUGAUUUCUAAUGUAAUUUUAGCUCCGAUAAUGCUUAAGGAGACGUUUCGACCGCAAGAUUUACUCGGAAUCUUAAUUGCAAUUGUCGGUGCGGUUGUCGUUGUCAUAAACUCGAAGUCAGAUGAAGUAAAAGAAGUUAUUCCCACGCAAUUUGUUUUAUUUACUAUAUCAGCAAUAAUAGGUAGUGCUAUAUUAUAUAAUGAUUUUGCUGAAAUGGAUUUUUGGAAAUGCGCUGGCUUCUUGAUAGGGUGUUUCAUGACGUUUGUGGGUGUUUAUUUUAUCACUUCAAACCGAGGAAAAUCUAAAGGUUAUGCAAAACCAGGUGCUAAUUCCGUGCCAGGAACUUUGAGAGGCGAUCAUUUUCGUUCUGUACUUCCUGAUGAUAUGAACGCCUAUAAUCCCUCGAAUGAAUUUGAUCGAUAUGUAUCGUACCCAAAUUCAAAUGCUACGACCAUUCCUCGAAGGCAUACUUUGUUAGAACCAAUUUCACAUGCCUCCACACCUCUUUUGAGUGGUUAUGAUUCGAACAAUAAUUCUCUUUCAAGAAACGACGGCUUAUUAUUAUCUCUUGUUCAUGGUUCUCUUACUGCUGGUGUAAGUCAAGCAUUAAAUUCCGUCGGUGCCCGUCAUUCUCAUGCACUAGGAUUAGACCAAGUUUUUGAAAAUUAUUGGUUAAAAAUGAUAGAACAAAGGUCUAAUGAGUCUAAUAACAUUAAUGAUGAUUCUGGGUUUCAUCGUCGUAGUAAUUCAGUCCCACAACCUAGAACAUUUAAUGUUAGAAAUUAUCAAAGUUAUCAGAGUAACGGUAGAACAAACAUUUCAUCAGCUGCCAAUCAAGAUAAUAAUAGUGAAAAUUCUAGCGUACAACCAAAAUCUUUAACUAAUUCUUCUUACCUUGGUACUUCGUAUGAUAAUAAUUCUUAUUAUGGUUCAGAAUAUACUGACGAUGACGACUCUAGGACAGUGAGUGGUCGAACUACUUCAACAAAUGGUAGUAAUGUAGGAAUAUAUAUGGGUGAUUCUGGUAGUACCUAUGAAGCAUUUCCUGAUCUUAACUAUUCUGAAGAUAUGGAUGAUUUGCCCGAUUUACCAACCAGGCGUGACUAUGGUAAUGGUAUAACUGAAAACGAAAGUGAAAUAUAA